AAUUAAUGAUGAUGGAUAAAAGUGUAUUUGUGACUGUUGGAUCAACAGGAUUUGAUAAAUUAAUUGAAACAGUAUUGUCAGGUGAAUCGUUGGAAAUCUUGAAAUUAAAAGGAUUUAAUAAGUUAAUCGUACAAUAUGGGAAAAGCAAAAAUGCAUUUCAAAAUAAUCUGGAAAAUAAUAGAUCAGGAUCAAUUCUAGAAUCCUUGAGACUUAAUAAAUCUUUAAUAGUUGUGGCAAAUGAAGAUUUGAUGGAUAAUCAUCAGAUGGAGCUUGCAAUUGAGCUUGAUGAUCAAGGAUUUCUUGCAUAUAGUAAAACCUGGUAA